GGUAUCUGACAUGGGAAUAUGAAAUAUUCAUCAUGUUUUCUAAAUGUGAUUUUAAAUUAUUCUUUAGGUGUAUGACUCGUUCAUUGAUAUGGAGGGAAUUAAGGGAAUUGGCGUCAGAGCAGUUUCACAAAAUUGUGUAGGAAAACCUGCAGCCAAAGCACUUUGUCACUGUUUAGCAGUGCACUGGGUGCCCUCUCUGUCACACCCAACUUCAUUACCAUCCUAAGUGGAUAUUGAGUGAAAAAUAGCAGUCAUACAUGAUCUGAUCACUAUUUCACAUCCUGGUGCAAAGGCCAGGGAGUGGACUCGACCCGCCUGGCUGGUAACAGUACAGCGUUAGCUAAUAAAGAGCAUGCGGCCACAGUUCUCUGAGAGUCUGUCAUAAUCCACUUUUGAAAUAUGUUAAAACCAAGCGUGAGUUUCAUGGCUGUCUGAGACAUUCUUUAUUGCCGCAUAAAAACUCAGGGGUGAUCUGAGGGAGCAUCAGUCGCGACGUGGGUUACACAAAGAGAGGCCGAGAGAGCAGCUGUUAGUCUGUAGAUUGAAAGCCAAACUCAUUAUUUGACACAUCAUGAGAGCCGCAUCUUACACCCAGAAGAGCCUGCAGGUUAGCGGCUCCAGCGGCAGAGUAAGAGUUCAGAGCCCGUCGCCUUCCCGGUGCCGUGGAUCCUCUUAUGACAGCCGCGGGCGCUCCGGUUAUCGCAGUACUGCGGUUGAGUUGGGAACAGAGAUACACCAGCAGCAUGCCAACGAGAAAGAGGAGAUGCAGGAACUCAAUGUCAAGUUUGCAGGGUACAUCGAGAAGGUCCAGGCACUGGAGCAGAGGAAUGCUGCUCUUCAAGCUGAGCUGGCUGCACUGCAGAACCGCUACAAGGGAGGCCCCACAGGCAUUGGGGAAGAAUAUGAGCUCAAGUUCAAAGAGGUGCGGGAUCUGAUUGAGGCUCUGACUAAUGAGAAGGGAGCAGCUGAUAUCGAGCGAGGCUACAUCGAAGAAGAGGUUGAGGUGUGGAGACUAAAGCUGGAGGAGGAGCUGGCACUCAAAGAGGAGGCAGAGAUGAUCCUGAGGGAGUUUCGCCAGGAUGUUGACAACGCCACACUGCAGAAGGCUGAGCUGGAGAAGCGUAUAGAGCAACUGGUGGCCGAGAUAGAGUUCCUCAAAAAGCUGCACGACGAAGAGGUAGCUGACCUCAUGAAGCAGAUCGAGGACUCAAAGAUUACUGCAGAGCUGGGUGGCGAUCGGCCCGACCUGGCUGCUUAUCUGCGCAACAUGCGUGCAGAGAUAGAAUCUGUAGCUGCCCGCAACGUCAAGGAAGCUGAGAAGUGGUACAAAAGCAAGUUCGACACCCUCAAAGAGCAUGCCGGCAAACAUGAGGAGCAAAUGAAAGCCAUGAAAGAUGAGAUCACGACCUACCACACCCAAGUGACAGAGCUGCAGAACCAAAUCGACGGGAUGAGGGCUCGCAACGCAUCCCUGGAGCAGCAGCUGGAGGACAUGGAGAUGGCUCACAUGGAUAAGGUGGGGAACCUGGAGGGCAUAAUCGCUCAGUUGGAGGCCCAGCUCUGCGAAACCAAACUAGAGAUGACCAAGUACCUCCAAGACUACCAGGAACUGCUGCACAUUAAGCUCAAGCUGGAUGCAGAGAUCGCCACCUACAGGAAGCUGCUGGAAGGGGAGGAGAGUAGGCUUGGAAUUGCCAAAGAUGCCUAAAUAUCCGAGAUGAGAGGACCCGCAAGUCCAAAGCAGCAGCAGAGAAGACCAGCAGAGCAUGCAUGGUGGAGUGGAGAGAUCAGCUCAUUAUCGUUAAAAAGAUUAUUCCCUAUCUUACCCAGUUUUCCCUAUUUUAUCCUCCUUACUCCCCGGACUGGGUACCGUUUGAAAUGUUUGUAUACCAGUGCUGAUUUGACA